AUGUCGAGUGUGGUGGAUUCAUGGCGGAGGAAGAUGCCCGAGCUUGACGGGAGAAGCCAAGCGGCGGCGGGAGGCGUCAUGAAGGCUGAGUCGAGCCUGCGGGAAGGAGAGAAGAAGGGAGAUCAGGAGCCGCCGGGUGUGUCGCCGCAGAACAAGGGGCUUCGCCGGCAGUCCACACUGUCGGAGGUCACGAUUUCCAUGCUCAUGGACCGCUUCGCCCCCUGCUAA